AUGUUGGAAGGUGGACACGAGUACGACCCUCUGAUGUAUAUUCACCUUGUACAGGACUACGGUCUUGAAGUUGAUGUAGCGCAACAUUUGGCACAUACCUACGGUGAUCGAGCGUUUGUGGUAGCCCGAAUGUGCAAGAUGACCGGCAAACGAUGGCCAAUUAUCGGCACCCGUCUUCAUCAGGAAUUCCCCUAUUUGGACGCGGAAGUACGAUACGCCGUGCGAGAGUAUGCUUGCACAGCGAUUGAUGUGAUUGCAAGGCGAACACGACUCGCAUUCCUGAACACGUAUGCCGCUCAUGAAGUUCUUCCCGAUGUUGUUCGCAUCAUGGGUGAAGAGCUUGGUUGGUCAUCGACAGAGCAACGAACUCAAUUGGAGAAGGCACGUCAAUUCAUCGACGUCGAAAUGGGUCAACUCGCUAAACAGAAUGCUGCCAGCAACGUUACACUUAAUCUCACCAAGCAGGAAUCGACCACAGAAAAAUCAUCAUCGAAGGAUGAAAAGCCAUCAUCAAAAGAAUCACAAAAAUCAUAG